AUGUUGAUCUCUCUCCUCAUCCCAUACUUCAGUCCGUGUGACAUCAAUUUUGAUAUGACUCGACUAGCAUUUAUUUCAGGAUGUGCUCCAGGUCGUCAUCCGAUCACUACUUUUCAAAAUACAUAUGCAAUAGUUCUCCCGGUCUCAUGUAUGUGUGUGAACUUGAGUAUCAUUUUUCAUCUUCGAUUUGUUCGGAACAACUCCUAUGCAACUUUUUUGCGCAAGUUCAGAAAAGUGGAACCAACUCGAAGCACAUCACAGUCAACUUUCAUUUCAAAACAAAGAGCUAAGAAAGAUAUGAUGAUGAUACGGCAAACGAUAACCAUGGCAGCUUAUCUAUCUUUCUACGAAUUUGGAGCAGUCAUUAUCAAAAUUUUUCCGGCUCUGUACGUUGGCCUAUCUCCAGCUGGGAAACUAUUGUACUUUUAUGUGAGAAUGGAAGCAGUAGCGUUCAUGAACUUUCUCAUUUAUUUUGUGGAGUCUAAGAAAACUAGAAUAAUGGUCUGUCGGUAUUUGAAGAUUGGAACAAAACCGGGUUCGAAUCUGAUCACGGUUUCACAACAUCGCACAGUGUCAGGAUCAACUGGAAAUGUUGCGACGGUUACAAAUUGA